AUGAAGACCUUUAGUCUCGCACUUCUCAUCGCCCUCUUCUUUGGCAAUGCUGCUGCCUUCAUGACUGCGCCUUCCAAGGCCGCGGUCAAGGUUGACACUAACUCUGCGGAAGAGUCCUCCACCUCGUUGCAGUACGGUUACGGCCGUUACAACAGCUACUACGGUGGCGGUGGAUAUGGUGGAGGCUACUCCCCCUACUACAAUGUCGGUUACGGCGGUGGCUACGGCAUGGGCUACGGCAGUGGUUAUGGUGGAUACGGUGGUGGAUACGGCAGUGGAUACGGUGGAUAUGGAGGAGGUUACCGAAGCCCCUCCAGAUACUACGACUGGAAUGAACGCACCACCUACACCAACCCCUACCUCAAUGUUGGAUACGGAGGAGGCUACGACCGUUACCGUUAUGGAGGAUACGGUGGCGGCUACGGCAUGGGCGGAUACGGUGGAUACGGCGGCUAUGGAGGAUACGGCGGAGGCUACGGGGGAUAUGGUGGCUACGGACGAGGCUAUGGAGGAGGUUACUACUACUAG